AAUGAUCCUCUUCAAUCUCUCCACGGCUUUAGAGAGACGGUGGAAAAAAGAAGGCUGUGCACGUCGGAUCGAUGUCGACUUCUACCCCGUUUUCGGAUCUGUAGCUGACGACGCAUCACACCCCACCUCUCUGUCUCUCUCUCUCUCUAUUCCUCCGCGAGCACAGCACAGAAGAGAGAGAAUGCUGAAAGCCGAAGGCCCACUCCUUUUUUGGAAGCCGACGAUAUUGUCUCUAUAACUAUUUCUUUUCGCCUCUUUCACUUUUCCAUCGGAGCCCGGCUUUAUCAGCUCUACUUUUUCUUUACCUUUACCUCCACUCUUCUCAACCACUCCCUCUCUUCAUUCCCCAUUUUUUUGCUGCUAGAUCUCGUGCCAUCAUCAAUCAUCUUCCUCCUUGCCUGUAAUUAACUCUCUCCGGAGAAAUGAAGAAACUUGUUCUGAAAUUAGAUUUACAUGAUGACAAAGCCAAGCAGAAGGCUAUGAAGGUUGUAGCCACCCUUCCUGGAAUAGACAUGAUCUCCAUUGACAUGAAAGAGAAGAACUUAACCGUGAUUGGAACGGUCGAUCCGGUUGAUGUUGUGAGCAAACUAAGAAAGCUUUGGCACACUGAAAUUGCUUCGAUCGGGCCGGCGAAAGAGCCCGAACCAAAGAAAGAAGAACCUGAGAAAAAAGAAGAGCCAAAGAAAGAAGAAGAGCCCAAAAAAGAAGAAGAGCCUAAGAAAGAGGAGCCUAAGAAAGAGGAAGCAAAGAAAGAAGAGCCUGAGAAAAAGGAAGGGACAGAAAAGAAGGAAGAACCAGCUAAAAAAGAGGAGCCCCCUAACCCUCAUGAACAGAUGAUGAUGGAGCUUGUUAAGGCCUACAGAGCUUAUCACACACAGAUGAACACACAUUACUAUAUUCCGCCCCAAGAGGAAAACUCCAAUCUGUGUGUCAUCUGUUAAAAGCUUCGUCUUUCUGUGAGACAACUGCUUGGCUUGAGAUUCAAAUAAUUUGAAAUUUGCAUGAGGAGUCUGUGUGUAUAUAUUCUGAUGCUUUUAUCUAGUCUGCAUUAAGAUUGUUAUGUGUAGUAAUGGUCACUUUUUUUUUUUCCUGAAUAAAUGUCAAGCGGUUAAUUUUAA